CAGAUUGAAUCAAACUCUGAAUGAGAGAGAGAGAGAGAGAGAGGAGGCAGAGGGAGCAAACAGAGAGCACCAAGCAACAGUGCCCAAUCUGAGAGACAAAACACAGAAAAAUCAGAAGAGCUGCAAACAGUUUAUUUUAUGGGUCUGUAGAGAACAAAAUAAUCAUGUUGACUAUCUUUUUUCUGUAAUGAUCGACUACUAUAACAAACUAUUUACACCGGAAAUGGACCGUAAAGUUGCAAACUUCUCUGGGUUGUGGAAAAUGAAGACUUCUGAAAACUUUGAAGAACUCCUGAAAGCGCUGGGUGUGAACGUGUUUGUCAGGAAGAUAGCCGUGGCUGCAGCCUCCAGACCUGCAGUAGAGAUCACCCAGCAGGGAGAGAGCCUCUCCAUCCAGACCUCCACCAGCGUACGCACCACCCAUGUCUCCUUCACCGUGGGACAGCCCUUCAAUGAGGACACAGUGGACGGACGCUCUUGCACCAGUACCCCUCGCUGGGAGACAGAUAGUAAGAUCAGCUGUGAGCAGACCUUGCAGAAAGGGGAGGGCCCUAAGACUGCCUGGACCCGUGAAGUGACCAAUGAUGGUGAACUCAUUUUGACAAUGAGCGCUGGGGAUGUUGUGUGCACCAGAGUAUAUCAACGAGAAUGAAAGACUUAAGACUGUCAAACAUUUCCAUUUUUCUUAUUUCUACCUGCUCCUUUUGUUAAUUUAACCUUCCAGUUAUUCAGAUAGUGGUUAACAAGACGUCAGUUGUAUGUGUUUUGUCAGACAGAGUUUGAUUGUUGUGAAAAGUCUUGUGCCAGUUUAUUUUCAUGUAUAAUGUUCUCGUAAUAGCAUGUAAUGGCUUUGUGAUGUUAUCAUUGUUCCUCCACAACUAAAGCAGUAUUUAUUCUCAGUAUACCGCA